GUGAGUUCGGAUUGGUUACUGGGCCGUUUUACGACAGUAAUUUGACUGGUCAGCUGACGCCAUUCUACAAGAGAGGAAGGAUGGAGGGUACGACACAGACUUCCAGACAUGUUUUGUGGGUAUCAAGAAGGCGAUUUUCAGUUGCCUAAAGGCGGAGCAAAGCUAGCCUCUCUCUUUGGUCUGGAUCAGGCUGACAGUCAGGGCAACGAGUCCUUCCAGUUCAGAUCCCCCAAACAGCCGAAGAAAACCACCACCACUCUGAGCCCAUCUCCUCAAAAGCCUGCACCACCUCCUUCUGUCCUAUUGGCUACUGCUGUUCAGGCGUUCCGCUUUGUGAAUGGCCAGUACACAAAACAGGGGAAGGUGGGAGCUGCUAUCCUGGGAAAUCAUCCAACCAGAGAGUACAUGAUCCUGCUUUAUGGCAGCCAACAGAAACCAAUCACAACUGCCAAGAUCCAUCUAGGCUUCAUCUUCACAGUUCAGCCAGGUAACUAUGGAACAUUCUACGAUGACCAGAGGCUCAACUGGUCCCUGAUGUUUGACUCUGAGAAAGCUGGAGUGGACUUUUGCAAAGAGCUGUGCGUGGCCAGAUGGAACAGUGAGGCCGCUGUAGAUUCACUACUGACCCAGGACCUGCUGUUAGGAGAGGGACAGGCGGUGGACUAUGGUGACAUGGUAGAGGUGGCCUUCACAGGCUGGCUUCUACAGAACCACAACAUCGGACAGAUGUUUGACUGCAACGUGGGCAAAGACAAGCUGCUGAGAGUGAAGCUUGGCACCGGUAAAGCCAUUAAGGGCUUGGAGGAAGGGAUGUUAGGGAUGCAGAAAAGUGGGCGUCGCCUCCAUAUCGUGCCCCCCACCCUAGGAUAUGGGUCAAAGGGCAUCCCCAACCGCGUCCCCUCCUCCAGCACACUGGUCUACAAUGUGGAGAUCCGCCGGGUGAAGUUUGCUAAGGACAGUGGGUCGGAGCGACAGAGUGGGGGAUUAAUCACCAACUCCCCCUCCCUCAGUGUGGACAGUCUGGGCUUUGUGAUGUCCCCCCAGCCUCAGUCUCAGCCCCCCACCUCUAUCUCAGCAGAGCCCGGUGGUCAGCCUCUGCAUGUGAAAUCCAAUUCAAUAAAUGAGCAACUGAUGCAGCCAGAUGCAGCCAAAGCCAAGUUGAUCUCUCGUAUGGCCAAGAUGGGUCAGCCCAUGCUGCCCUUCCUAACAGGAGCCAUCCCCGCCCAGCCAGAUCACAGCUUCUCAGAGACAGAGGACCCCAGUGAAUCUCACCCUUCACAUCACUGUCCGCACCCCCAGCCAGUCCAGAUGUCAGCUGUCCAUGCAGUUUCUGUUUCAGUGCCUGGGGUCGCCGCGCCAACUGCUGCCCAGAAACCAGUGUUUAUGGAGACAGUGGUCCCACAGGCUGUGGACUGUGGUGGAAGCAGUCAUGUCUUCCAGCCCUCCUUUCAGUCUGAAUUUGGUCCAUCCUGCCUUGGUCAGUUCCACCCUCAUCAUGCAGUUUCAUACCAGGCACCUAUUGAUGUCACUUCCUUCUUGAUGACGGAGGCGCGACAGCACAACACUGAGAUCGGACAGGCUGUGGGGAAAGUGGCGGAUAAAAUCAACCUGCUGGUCUCCAAGGUGGAUGAGCUCCAGAAGCAUGGUGGUGGCAACUCUCUGGGUCUGUCCUCUGUGUCCAUGGAAACAGCCAUGAUCAUGCACAACAUCCAGAGAAUCACCCAGGAGAACUUGUUUCUAAAGAAGGAGGUUCUGGAGAAGAGCACCCGAGUGGAGGAGCAGAACUGGAAGAUCGGAGAACUCCUCGAGCAGAACCAGAGGUGUAUGGAACAGAGAGGUUUACUGUUGGAACAGAGGAAUGACGCGCUGAAGAGCAACACUCAACAGAACCAAACUAGCCUGCUGCAGGCAGAACAGGUGCACCUGACAGAGUACCUAGCCGCCUCCUCCACCCUGGUCUCCAAGCUUCAGCUGGAGUCCUCCUCGCUGCAGCGCUCUGUCUCUGACCUGCAGACCCAGCUGAGCCAAGCCCUGCAAGACAGGGAGAGCCACUGUACUCAGAUCAGCUCAUUAGAGAGACUAGUAGAAGAGCUAAGGAAGGGAGAGGGGAGGGCACAGGCCCAGUGGCUUACAGAGAAACAGAAAUGUAAAGAGAUGGAGCUGAGAGUCGCCAACACAGAGGAGGAGCUACAGGACCUGAGGGCUGAGAAAGGAAACCUGGACACGAUGCUGUUGGAGAGGAAGCGGAGGUGGCAGUGUGAGGAGGAGGCGAGGAGGAGCAGCCAGAGGGAGACGGACCACCUGAGGACCAGGAGAGGAGAAGUAGAGCAGGGGGCCAGGGAGCAGGUGGAGCUUGAUGUGGACUGGCAGCAGGGUGGGUAUGAGAAGGAACAACAUAGCCAUGAGCUAGCAGAAAUCACACAGCAGAGAGACAUUCUGGCCAGGACACUGACACAGCUACAGGAGCAGUAUAUGGCAGCACAGAGCAGGGCAGAGACCACCAGGAAGCAGCUAGAAAUUAUAUUGGUUGAGCAGGAGACUAGGCAUGCCCAACAGCCCAAUCAGGAUGCAGUGGCAGAACAGGUGAAGAGAGUGAUGAACGGAGUGUUCCAUUCUCUGAGAGGGGAGUUCGGCCUGCACCAGUCAUACCAAGGAAGCGAUGUUCUAGGAGUCAUGCUAAGCACAAUCAAGAGUGUCACACUGGAUCUCCUAACAGCCCACGACCGAGAGGAAGAAGAGGAGGAGAAAUGGACAAAAGCUGUGGAGCAAAAUGGGAGGAGGGUAAAUGAUGAUGAAGAAAUCAAUCGAUCCAGUCGAUCCACACAAGAGAAAGAGGACAGUGGAGUUACUCAGACAGCCUGGACCUCUAUUGUUAGGUCCUUGUGGUCUGAGGCUCAAGUGGAGGAAGAGUCCAUAAAUUCAGAAGGCCUACAAAACGAAGCUGAAGACACCUCCAGAGAAGAAACGCCUUCUAAGGCAUGGACUGACUCAGAGAAUGGCCUAACACCAUCAUCCCUCAUGGUUCUUAUUGAGGAAAUGUCUUGUCAAGUACAACCUCUCACGGUCCAAAUUGACCAAUCAAAGCAGAUGGAGGUUGCACCUCCAUUUUAGUACUCCCCCCACCAUUGUAAAAAAGAUUUUGGAAGCUAUACAAAUGCAUUUAUUAAUGUA